UCUUCAAAAACAACCAUGAUGAUUGGCACGAUCAUGUGUCUCGCAUUCAUCUCCUUCUUGUCGAUCUUUAUCUCGGUAUCUGCCUUCAACAAUCCUUCGUUAACGCACUCUCUUAAAGUACCAAGCCUACCUGAUAUCACAAGCUUUGAGGACGAUCUUUCGUACUCUUUAUAUCAUAAAGGUUGCCCUAACGUCGAAGGCAUCAUCUAUAGGAAAGUAAAAGAAUGGGUCAAGAGGGACCCGUCACUCGCUCCUAGUCUCAUGAGACUACAUUUUCACGAUUGUGCCGUUAGAGGGUGCGAUGCUUCCAUACUAUUAGACCAUAGUGGAAGCGAAAGGUCUGCGAAUGUAAGCAAGUCAUUAAGAGGGUUCGAACUGAUCAAUGAUAUUAAGGCUGAACUUGAGAAAAAAUGCCCUAAAAUCGUCUCGUGUGCUGACAUCUUGACCACUGCGGCAAGAGAUGCCACUGUCUUAGCCGGUGGACCAUUUUGGACGAUACCCUUUGGACGGAAAGAUGGUCGUGUGUCCCUAGCAAAGGAAGCUGCAGCAGUCCCUAUGGGUCGCGAAAGUAUUACCCAACUUAUAGAGUUUUUCCAGUCCAAGGGACUGAAUGUUCUUGACUUGGUUGUUCUCUCAGGUGCCCAUACCAUAGGAAGGAGUUCAUGUGAGGCGGUGCAAUAUCGCCUAUACAACUACAAAGGAACAAAGAAGCCCGAUCCAUCCAUCAAUCCUUUAUAUUUGAACUACUUGAGGAGAAAAUGUAGGUGGGCGUCAGAAAACGUGUAUCUUGAUGCCACAAGCCCAAAUAAAUUUGACACGCAAUACUAUCACAAUCUUAAGAAGAAGAUGGGGCUCCUAUCAACGGACCAGUUGCUCUACUCCGACUCAAGGACUAAACCAAUUGCCGAUGCUUUGUCUUUCCAGUCAUCACUCUUCUACAACCAAUUUAGUGUCUCCAUGGUCAAGCUUGCAAAUAUUCUUGAUGUUAAAUCUCAGGAUAAUGGUGAAAUCCGUACAAAUUGCAAUCGUGUUAACUAUUGACAUGCAAGGAAAAAAAACAAUAUGGAAUAUUAUCGUUUGUUAAAUGCAAAAAUUGAUCCAUUAAAAUAUAAUUUCUAUUUGUAAACUGAGUUUUGAUAAUUUGUGCUUUUAUUGUUGUAAUUUGGAUGAUUAAUGUUGUAAUGCUAUGCUUUUUACUCAGAAAUCAUUUGUUAAUUUCUUGAA